AGGCCGCGGAAGGCCAGACAGCCGUGGAACUCCAGGACCUUGGGCUGUUUCUGGAGCGCCUGUGGGCUCUGGAUUUCCACCUCCAUGGGGCCGCAGGCCCACACGUGAGCACGUGAAGACGUGGCCAUGGCCGAGGGCAGCGAGCUGAUGAACAGGCUCAUGAGUGAGAACGCAGACCUGAAGAAGCAGGUGCGCCUAAUGAAGGAGAACCAGAUGCUGAAGCGUCUGCUCAGUGAGAGCUGCCAGGAGCGCUGUGGUCUCGGAAGCCGAGACCUCCUCUUCACCAAGGUGCCCACCUACCCCGAGAACUGCUCCCCUGGGAGUGCAGGUCUGAGUAAACCAAGACCCAGUUCCCCAUUCUGCUGUGUGUCCUCAGUUGCAGACUUUGGAAGGUUCUCCAGUGCCCCUGAUGCACCCUCCCAGCUGCAGACGUCCUCCCUGGAGGACCUGCUGUGCUCGCACGCCCCCAUCUCCAGUGAGGACGAUGCCUCCCCUGGCUAUGCAACCUCCACCCAGGUGCCCGUCAAGGCUUUCCUCAGUCCCCUCGAGCUGCGUGUACCCCGAGGCACUGACAGGAAGCUGUCCCCACUCCUGAGCCCCUUGCAGGACCCGCUGGCGGACAAGACCCUGCUGGAGCCCAGGGAGAUGGUCCGGCCCAAGAAAGUGUGCUUCUCGGAGAGCAGCCUGCCCUCUGGGGACAGGACCAGGAGGAGCUACUACCUUAACGAGAUCCAGAGCUUCUCCAGCCCUGAGAAGGAUGGGCGCAUCGUUGGGGAGAUUGCCUUCCAGCUGGACCGGCGCAUUCUGGCCUACGUCUUCCCGGGGGUGACCCGGCUCUAUGGGUUCACCGUGUCCAACAUCCCCGAGAAGAUCAAGCAGACGUCCAUCAAGUCCCUGGACGGGUCGGUGGACGAGAAGAAGCUGCAUGAGCUGACGCACCGCUACCUGACGCUCACGGCGCGCCUGGAGAGGCUGGGCUACAACCGGGACGUGCACCCGGUGUUCAGCGAGUUCCUCAUCAACACCUACGGCAUCCUGAAGCAGCGGCCCGACCUGCGUGCCAACCCGCUGCACAGCAGCCCGGCCGCGCUGCGCAAGCUGGUCAUCGAUGUGGUGCCCCCCAAGUUCCUGGGCGACUCGCUUCUGCUGCUCACCUGCUUGUGCGAGCUCUCCAAGGAGGACCACAAGCCGCUCUUCGCCUGGUGAGCCCGCCCCGGCGCGCGCCGCGCCUUUCCUGCAAUAAACGUGUUUGUUCCAAUCCCGGGGGCCGCGUGCCUCCUGCGUGUCCCCUCCAGCCGGGGGAAGAGCCGCGUCCGCCGACGGAGCGCCCAGGGCCGCAGGCGCUGGAGCAGGCGCCUCUCUCGGCCCGGGCCACGCACCCCAGGCGCCCAGACCGCCCGCCGCCCACACCUGCGCGGCACUGUCGCACUUUAUUAAAAUAAUCUA